CUCUUCCUUGACCGUGAUGUGAUGUGAUGACUUGUCAGCCCAUGCACUUCGUCCUUUGGCUCUCUCUUCGCUCUGCUCACCACGCACCCUCUCUCUCAUCUUCACCCAAUCUAUUCUUCCAAUCGCUCACCGCCAUAUGGAGAGGCGGAGGCCGAAACAGGAUUCCAGGAGGCGCAAAAUGCAUCAUCAGCCCUGGCCACGCAUUCCCAGGCAGGCAGGCAAGCAGGCCGACCCAACGGCCAUGACAGUUCGGCAGGUUUGAACCAAAUCUCACGGGUGUGAACCGCGAGACGGCAAGAUCGAAACAUGCCCAGCUAGGUAUCUCCAGUCUUGGCCACAAAACUUUGGGGCGAAAAUAAGGAUCUUGCUUUGUGGAAUUGUCGCACAAAGUAGGUGCAGCCGUCCGAGGCCGCUUCAGACAAGUUUAACCUUGGACUGGUGGGAACAAUGCCAUUGAUCAUGAUUGGCGAGUCCCCGCUUCAAUUACGGGAACCGUUUGGUCGGGAAGCACAGCAUGCCAACAGCGGCAUCGAUGCAGCCAAACGCCAGAUUUCGCGCAUGCAAACCUCCGUCUCGUCCCCUCCGCUCCGGUCUGACCCACGGCCCAGUCGUCAUCCACCGGAAAGAACACCACGUUGGCCAGUAUCGUGCGGCAAACGAGUUUGGUGCAUGCUGCUGCUGGGGAAAGCCAAGUGCUGGUGUCGUCGUCGUCGUCGUCGCCGCCGGACAGAGACAUACCACGGGCAUGGAGACACACAAUGGGUGGUCUCUCCCUCUCGAUUAUUCAUUGUGUGCGUGUGUAUGCAAGGCGCCGACAACAACACGACCGCAGCGAGGGCAACGGUGCAUACCGGUAUUCGCCCGUCCAUGAUUGGGAGUCUUCAAAGUGCACUGCAGGGCCACCAACACCACGAGGAUCUGGCACCUGAGAUGGCGGACAACGCAAACGAAUAGGAUGAAACAUCCAUCGUAAUGUUCGUUGCAGAACCAUGAUAACCCACCCACACCUCCAUUUCACGCUCCAAUGUGGCUGUUAUGCAUCAGCUGCGGCAGGCAUGGGGGACUGUCGCUCGCGCACCCGCCAACAGGUCAUAGCGAGCAGCCUGUUCGCCCUUCCACUCGAGAUUCAACUCGAGACGGACAGGCUCACUGACGCGAGA